GGAACUAUCUGGACCCAGAAUAUUGUAUGCUUGAUUUUGUACGAAGGCCAUCGGAAUGGAACAGAAAAUAUUUCCAUAUCACAUCGUGGUGCAUCCAUAGAAUACAACCUACACAAUGUGGAUAUCACCCAGAUGCCAUCACCUCGUAUCAUCAUGUCCCAUCUGCCAUAUUACCUAGUUCCCAAGAAACUGAAGGCCAAAAAGGGAAAAGUAGGUCAAUCUUGUUAUUCUAUUCUGAUUAUAAAAACGAGUUACCCUGUUAUUAUGCAAAAAGUCAAAACUGAAGAAUUAUUCAACUAUAAAGGGUAUAAUUUAUCAAAAGAAUUAAUGAAACCUGAAUGUCUGGAAGCAUUAGAAGAUUUCGAAAUGAGGGAUAGUGACAUAUUCAUAGACACUUAUCCAAAGUCUGUCUUCUUCCAGGAUCUUAGAGGCGUAGUACUUAAAAUAUGCAAAUUUAUUGGAAAAAAGCUGAGCAGCCAGGAAGUGGACAAAGUUGUGGAGAUGGCUACAUUCAAGAAUAUGAAAGCGGACCCUAGAGCAAAUUUUGUGACAACAUAUGAAGAGUGUUUUGGACUAACAAACGUAAAGCAUAUACGCAAAGGAACUGUUGGAGACUGGAAGAAUAUUAUGACAGUAUCACAAAGUGAAAGGUUCAACAAUAUUGCUAAAGCAGAAAUGAAGGAUAUACCUCUCAAAUUCAUCUGA